AGUGAGAAAUUCGAGGUUUUGCGCAAAGAUGAUUUCAUGAGUGUAAACAAAGCCUCUAGUGCGCAUGAAAUAAACCAUCUCUCAUACUACCGUAGUCUAAGCUACCGGGUAUCCCGCAAAAUCUGGGUCCGGCAUUUCCGCCACCUCGGCAUUCAUCCGCCCGGCCUUAGAUCAGACGCAGAGAGGCAUAGCCCCGCAACUGUCUACGUCCGCAAGAGGCACUAUCCAACACAAGACUUUGGGCAGCAAUGA